CUGAGCUACGGGACCAUUGACAAGCAUUAGAAUCAGAACUAACAAAUAUCGGUUUCUUUCGCCGUGGUUAUUAGUCAACUCAAUUAAAACAUCCGGUUUCAAAAGUCAACGGAACACCUUCUGUUAAAGUUAGCAUCCUGCAAAAAUUUUAGUGAAUUUAUCAAGAAAGUUUGCUAAUGAAGACGUUGAAUCCAAGCCCAGGUAACUGUAGGAGAAAUGGAGUAAUCGGGCUGGGCCUGUUGCCCGAUCAAGGCCCGAGUACUAUCAACAUCAAGCUCUCUCACGGGCUUAACCACUAUGAAGUAUUCGUGCCAUUUAGCUCUAGUUUUGAGAUGCCCGAUUACGUAGCAGGUUAUCUCAAGUCCUUUGUUUGUCGACAAAUUGGUUUGAGGCCCGAGAGGCACAAACUCUUGUUCAGAGGUAGUGAGAAAGAAGACGAUGAGGAUCUCCUGACUGCAGGUCUAACGGACUAUUGUGAGGUGUUACUCGUGGAGGCUGAGGCAUUUGAGAAAGCAAGCCAUGAAGAAGUUGAGUCGAAAGGGGAAGAAGCUGUUUCUCAAGUUAGGAAAGAGGUCGACAAGCUCGACCAACAGGUGUCAUCUUUGCAAGCUCUUGUGAACCGUGGAAUUAAGGUUGACGAUAAGGAAAUCAUUUAUUUGACCGAAAUGCUAAUGAGGCAAUUGCUUAUAUUGGAUGGCAUUGAAGCUGAAGGAGAAGGGAGAGUCAAGAGAAAGAUGGAGGUUCGUCGAGUCCAGAGCAUCGUGGAGAUACUGGAUGCCUAUAAGUUGAGAAAUUUCAAACUUAUUUAGCAGCAUGCACAGAUUCUCUGUAGACGCUCUGCAGUGUUAGAUUCUUUCUCCUUUUUCGUCUUCUUCGAUUAAAUAGCUUCUUGCUUGGAACAUUGUGGGUAAUUAAUUAUAUGCUUGGAUUGUAGAUUUUUUGUGAAUCUUUUCAUUUGUUUGGAACAUAGUGGCUAAUUAUAUGUUUGGAUUGUAGCUUUUUUGUUAAUCUUUUCAUCUAGUAAUUGCUUCUUCACGAUCGUGAUUAGAAAACAGAAAAAGAAGAGUACACAGACAGCUUUUACUGCAAACUAAGCAUAAUACAAGAAUAAGGAUACAAGAACUACACUUGUUUAAGUGGUAACAAACAAAUCACACCAAAACAGCAGCUCACAAAUCUAUAGUGACCCCACGAGCCCCAGUGAAAAUCCCGGGCGGUCGAGCCAUCUCGUCAGCGGGGUUAUGCCAGCCGUGCUUAGCCGCGUCAAACUUUUCACCGUCUCCCCACAAUGCAUACGCCUCCUCCCCGUGUACUGCAUCGUCUCCGAUCAUCAGCUGAUCCUCCGGCAUUCUCAGCGGCAUAAGUAGCCGGAUUACGAGCAGAAUCACGCUUGUUGCCACAAAGUUCCACCCGAUGAUGAAAAGUGCCGCCACAAGCUGCUUCACGAAGAGGAUGCCUCCGCCAUAAAAGGCGCCUCUCGUGUUUGUGACGGGAAGAAGCAUACUGCAAAGGGUCGGGUGGGCAAAUAGGCCGGUCAGGAGGCCGCCGAGGAUUCCGGCAACCGCAUGCGUAUAGAACACGGCCAGCGUGUCAUCGACCUAUAGCAUAAAAGGGCAAAAUAGGUAGAAUUGUAUAUUCCAAGAUCAUACAUGAAUUGGAUGUUUAGUUUGCAUAUAUCAAAAUUAGUGUAAAUAAAUAGAGGUGCUCAGAAGUCCCUUUGAUAAAAUUGGAACGAUACAGAG